CGGAAGUCCGGGUCCGGCUCGUCCACAUCACUUCCGCUCCAGCAAAGAACAACCACAACAGUGAAGAGGCGAUCCUCAGCAAAGUGAGUUUAAAUGUCCUCGGGAGCUCCAAAAGGGGAGAACUGUGAGGUGGACAUGGACAGUAAAGGAGGAGACCUGUUCAGUGCCGAGGAUGCGUUUCCCACAGGCACAGGUGGAGCUGGGAUCAUGUCCAAGCUGUGGAUGCCCAAAGGUUUCUCCGCUGGAAUGGCCAAAGAGUGGCUGGACAAACGCCGAGUGUCCAUCCGACCCUGGGCCAGUUUCGUCGACCAGCGGAAAUUUUCCAAACCUCGAAACUUCGGAGAGCUGUGUAAAAGGGUGGUGAAAAAUGUGGAGAUCUACAACAGCAACUACACCUUCAUCUUCCUGGGACUUAUUUUGUACUGCAUUAUUAGCUCUCCCAUGCUGCUGAUCGCUUUGGCCGUGUUUGCUGGAGCCUUUUACGUAAUUCACGUCAAAUCUCUGGAGAAGAAACUAGUCAUUAUGGGCAAAGAGCUGACCACGCCCCAUCAGAUGAGUCUGGCAGGUGCCGUCUCUCUCCCUGUUUUCUGGUUGGCAGGUGCUGGAGCUGCUGUUUUCUGGAUUCUCGGAGCGACGCUGUUUGUGAUUGGCUCCCACGCUGCGUUCCGUGAGGUGGAGGGCUCGGACCUGGAAGAACUCCUCAUGGAGCCGGUGUGAAGAGCAGACUCGGCCUCAGUGGGAGAUGGUCAGUGAUCAGGCUUCAAAUACACACCGCAAUCAAAAAGACCGUAGGGGACGGACGCGGGGGAGGGAGCUAAAACGAUAUAUUUCUUAUUUUUUUCUCUGUAUCCUGUAUCUUGUAUCUGUCCUCACGUAACAUCAACUCCAGGGCUGCGACGUUAAUAGCGCUUGAACCAAAAUUGUAAUCAGAAAAUUGUGAAUACUGCAAUUUUAGUAACAAAUUUAUAAUAUUACAGAAUACUUUUUUUUUUUAUAUCUAAGAAACCUCAUAACCCUGUAAUUUAGCUGUUUCUAGUCCAGCUUUCUCUCAAAUUAUAAUCUUCCUACUUAAAAUGUCAACUUUUCAUACAGAAUCUGCUAAAAUAUAAAUUGCAAAUGUAGUAAUAAUAUUUAAAAACAACAUAAAUGUGAAGAUUCAAAAGAUUGUUCCAAAUUUGUUGAGCCCUACCAUCAUUUUUGAUACAAUUUUGCCUCUAGAGCUGUUACUUAUUUGACUUUAAAUCGAUUUAAGUCCCCAUUUCUUGCCUAAAUUAUCAUCAUUAUUAUUUAUAUUAAGUUUUACAUGUAUGCCUCUGCUUUGCUGCUUGUAAAUGCUUUUGCAAAUCAUUUUAACUUAUAAAAACGACCAGUGAUCAGUCCUGAAAUACGCACAGAAAUCAAAAAACUCCAUAGUGGACGAACACGUGGGAAGGGAACAAAACUUCUACUUAUUUUUUUAUUUUUUUGUGUUUACUUUUUUUGUAUUGAUCCUCACCUGAUGCCUGUGUGUACCAACAAUCUUUGCCAGUUUUGUUUCUUCGCUCUGGAGCUGUUACUUUAAAUUAAUUUAACGUAAUUUUCAUCAGCACAACAUAAAAAAUUAAAGCGAUCUGCCUUUAAUUAAACGUUCUUUAAUAUUUUAAUUCAUAAGCGAAGACAUUGAAGCAUGAUUUAUUAAUUUAAAUAGUUUAUAAUGGACCAUAAGAGCUUAGAUUUCAAAAACGAGUGCCAAAAAUGUUACUGCAAAUGUAAGAAUGUUGUGUAUCGAAAACGUGCUCUAUAACAUUAAAGCAUUUUAUUCUUACUAUAAAAAUACUAUGAUUUUUAUAGUUAUUUCAGGUCACAAAAUCAGGGCGAUUCUUCAAACUAGGUUAAUGGUAACGUAUGCACAAAGAAGGUCAUUUUGUAAAGCUUGAAAUUCCUUUUAUAUCAUAUUUUUUUGUGUUUUGAUGGGGAGUAACUUGUAUGUAAAAGUACAUUUUAAAGUGCAAUAAACUCAUCGUGCAAAUCCC